CGAUUACAAAUCAUUUCAUCCCGUGUCAUCAAACCAAAACAAGACCCCAUUCCCAAAAGCAAAAUGAAGACCUCCACCAUCCUCGCCACCCUGGGAGCCGCCUCCUGCGCCGUCGCCAUCCGCUGCACCCAGGGCAUGACCUACUGCGGUACCUCCCUGGUCAAGAAGGGCAACUACACCCAAGACAUGCAAACCGGCCUGCAGCGCGAGGGGAUCGCCCCGUCCGCCCACCAGUUGCUGGACUCACUGUACCUCUGCACCACCGACGAGGACUACCUGAUCUACCGGGCGACGUGCCGGCGCGGCGCGUGCCAGGACAACGGGGUCAACCGGGAUGAUACCUGUAUCGGGACUGAGGAGCAGCCUGAGGAGCAGGAUCUGGAUCAGGAGCAGGAGCAGGAGGAGUAUGUUGGUAUGGGCCAGGACCAGAAUGCCCAAAAUGCGAGGCCUACUACUAGUGUCACCUUUUAGAGGGUGAUUCUGGGAUGACCUUUUGGGUAGGGAAGGGGGGAGGAAUAUUAUACGCGGUUGGUAAAGAUACGGUGAUGGGAGUGGGAGAUUCAGGGUUGGGAAUGUGGAUAGGGUGGUGGGCUAGUUUAGUUUGUGUUGGAUAGAGACUCUUGGGUAAAGCAUGGCAGAAUGAAAUUGGGU